GAGUGCUCUUACUGCAGCCCUGCCUCUGCAGAGGGGUCUGUUCCAGCCACAGCAUGAUAGUUUGGAGUUGCCUUAGUCUGCAGAAUACUUCUUCUCUUUCAGGCUUUUCUGUUGGUCAAGGACAUUGCCAAUAAGUCAGAGUUUUGUCUUGCAUUGUAUCACCCAAAGUUUGAAAGCAGUGGACACUGUUAAACCAGAUGCCUUUGGCCCACUUGUAACAUGAGUUACAGGACAAGUUUGUAGAUGGCUGCUUGCAUUAUGCUCUGGGAGGGAAUGCCCAAAUGGAUUUCUUAUGCUCCAGAUGUUUCCAGGGUCUAUUUCUACCGAGCAAAGACUAGGCCAGCUGGAAGUGGGAAUUACUUUAGGAGUGUGACCUUAGUGGUUCAUGGCAAACUUGUGCAAAGUGUCUGAGGUCAUUCUGAGGGGUAUGUUAGCUCUGUUAAGUAUACCUAUAAAUAAAUUUUCCUUCUUCAUCUGGAUGCCUUGAGGUUUUUUUGCUUAUUAUUGUAGGGUCAGCAGUCUGUCUGUGAAACUGGGUGAGGGAUAUCUUGAGCAGAAGGAAAAAACUAUGUUUAUCAUCUUAGAGGGGUUCUCAUCUGCUUCAAAUCCUUGGGACCUUUCUUUCAGAUGUCUGUUUCUAUUUCACUUUUUUUCUUCUCUCUGUCAUCUAACCUAAAAUAUGUGUUAGACCCUGCAUUGCUCUGGAAUUGGCUUAUUCUAAAAGUUUUGUCUCAUCUUGUAACUAAAAGUGAACAGAAACACCAAACUCUUUGGGGAUGAAUCUUGCUGAGCAUUUCUAAAGAUUACAUUUGCUUUAGUUUCUGAUUGGGUUUGUGGGAACAGUGCUUUAUCUGCCACCAGGAAACAGAAAACAUUACUGUGUAUUUAGAUAAAAUAAGGAGGGGGUGGCUUUGAAAUCCAGUUGUUGGAUAUGAUUUAAUUAAAUUCCUGCUUGUCUAAGUUUCAGAAGCUGGCUGCCUUCUCUGUCCAAGUAUGUUCUGUUUAGUUCUGAGCAAAUAAUUUGUGAGUGAAAAUUUGCUUGUCCUUUCAGAGGGAAGGAUAUGAAAAAAGAGUUAAACAGCCAUCAUCAAUGAAUGCCUGCAGUAAGCCCAAAUAAACAAAAGUACUGUGUCUUCUCAUUCAGGGCUUAAAACAGUGCUAAAUUUAGAAUUGGAAUUACUCUGAUAGGAAGGGCUAGGUUGUUGCCAUAUAAUUUGAUUCUAGUACCUUUUUUGUAGUGUGUAUUUAGAGCCUGCUUGGGGACACAAUGUUACUUCAAGUCUUACACUGCCUUCCCACUUGCAGACUCCAGCUCCUUCUCCCUUUCCCUCUUUGGGUUUGUCAACCAUUAGCUCCUUGUGGGGGUGUAAUUCAGUUUUGGGCCAUAUUACUUGCCUCAUCUCGAAGUCUUGACCCUUCUGUCUUAUGAUGAUGUCAACCAUGAGGAGCUGGGCUGUAACUUUCCCCCUGAGGUUCAGUCUGCAUCACACCUUCCUGUUCCAGUCACUGUUUGUGCCCUGCAAACUCACAUUGGGUUUUUUCCUGACUCUGCAUUGCUUGUUCUAUCUUGCUACUUGUUCUUCUUAUGACUGCUUUUAACAUCAGAGCUUUACCACCUUUCUUCUUGCCACUCUCCAGAACUCCUCCUAGUUCUAACUUAAGCUUUUCCAAUUGUUCCAUGUCUGAAUAUUAGCCUAGGUAUUUUUGGGGUUAUGCAGUAGCUGUAGUUAUACUGUAACAUUGUUUACAUCUGUCCUCUGACAAGAUUAAUGCAUGUUGUCAUCCUCUAUCUUGUUAAGACUCACACUUCAGGGUUUGAAGGGAGUUAUUUCUGCCUCUAUGUUUAAGAGAAAAAAAGAUAUUUUAAAAAUUAAAAAUGUGCUAGCUCCAUAAGAACAGACCAGGAGAAAGAACAGACCAGAUUAUUUGGAUAGAGAAGAAGACAGGGCUGGUGAUAUUACCACAGAACAUUGGUGUGGAGCCUCCUGAAUUGGUGCUCGAGCUAUUUCUGAUGCCCCAGUGUGUCAUUUAGCAUAAGCAAGUUUCUUUGCUGUGCUGUGGUGAGGUGUGUGAGGGCUGUAGAGUUCCCAAAGGUCUGUAAUACCAAACUACUGCAUCCUGCUGCUGACUUUUGUACCCUCCCAAGUAGAGGUGAUUCACCUGCUGCUGUCUGGUGUCCUGGUUCUGGCCUGGCAGCAUUCCUGGGCCUUGUUUUACUCCAGCAGUGUUCAGAAGAGUGGACAGUUCAUGUUCUAUGUUAGACUGCUUUUCAUUAACUUGCGAGUCUCUCUCUCAUUUCCAGUUGCCAUCUUCUAAAUGGAUUCCAGUGAAUUUUCAGGAUCCUUGGACCCCCUGUCCUUGCCUGACAAACCACUCAUUGGUGAUCUCCCUGCUGACAUGGAGUUUGGUGAAGAUCUCCUGGGCUCCCAAACAGCUUCUACCCAGGAAGUUUCAGUUGUUCAGCCCCCUGGCUGGGAUCAAUCCAAACAGAUGACUGCAGAUGAGGACUUGGACCUUGUAGUGAAAGCAGACAGCGAGUCUGAACUAAAUAAAUCAAAUGACUGUGUUCUAGAUAAACCUGGUGUCUUGGAUAAGCUGGAGAAACCUGGUGUCUUAGAUGAUUUGGGUAAAACCUCUGACUUGGUGGAUAAACCAGAGGGUCUGGAUGGGCUGUGUAAGGCACAACCUUCCCAGGACGUGGAAGGUGGACCGGCAGACUCCUCUGCCUUAUCUAGAGAAGGCAUUGGUCCAGAAACAGGGAAAGAAGGGGAGGAUGCACCAAAAAAUUGUUCUGGGGAUGUAAAGGAAGAUGGUGCUGCUGCUAUUCCUGCACUGUCUGGUGACAAUGCCCCUGGAUCACCCCAACAACCUGUCCCUGAUUCCAGGGAUCUCAGUGCCCCGGCCAAGGAAGAAACCACAGCACAGUCCUCAAAUCCCACAGUGCCCCCACCCCAAAUCAGUCUUAAACAAACAAAGAAGAUGAAGUUGAAGGCACCAAGGAAAAGCUCACCUGUGCAGAGGGAAGGGCUGGCAGGGGAGGCAGAGGUGCGACUGAGCCCAGACAGCAGAACUGCAGCUUUGCCCCCUGAGCCUGUGGAGAAAAACCGGGCAGAGGAAGGGGAUGAUAGUGGGAAGAACUCACUUAAAGAAAACAGUGUACUCAAAGCACAGGAAGCCUUACCACCAGCAGGAGAAAGCCUGUCUGGGAAGGGAAGCGAGCCGCCAGCUGAGAAGGAGCAGAAAAGAAGUGAACGACCCAGAAGAUCAGAAACUGUCAGGACUGAGACUGUGAACUCCUCAGAGAGCAUUCCAGUGUCUGAUGAAGACUCUGAUGCGAUGGUGGAUGAUCCCAACGACGAGGAUUUCGUCCCUUUCCGCACGCGGCGCUCCACUCGGAUGUCGCUGCGCGCGCAGAUGGCGCAGCGAGCCGCCCGCUCCACCUUCACCAAGAUGACGUGUGCCAACUGCAGGACUCCCCUGCAGAAGGGCCAGACUGCCUACCAGCGAAAAGGGCUUCCUCAGCUCUUCUGCUCCAGCUCCUGUCUCACCACCUUCUCAAAAAAGCCGCCUGGGAAGAAGAUAUGCACCUUCUGCAAAAAGGAGAUCUGGAACACCAAGGACUCUGUGGUUGCCCAGAUUGGUUCAGGUGGCUCUUUCCAUGAGUUCUGCACCUCUGUCUGCCUUUCCCUCUACGAGGCCCAGCAGCACAGACCAGCACCUCAGUCUGCAGAUGCCUCGGACACCAGCCGCUGCAGUGUUUGCCACAAACCUGGCGAGAUCCAGCACGAGGUCAGCAAUGGGAACGUGGUUCACCGCAUCUGCAGUGACGCCUGCUUCACCAAGUUCCGGGCCACCAAGGGGCUGAAAACGAACUGCUGUGACAACUGUGGACUUUAUAUCUACAACAAGGGCUUGCCCCUGGAGUACCUCUUCCAUGAAGGCCAGCAAAAACGCUUUUGCAACUCUGCGUGUCUCAACAGUUACAAGAAGAAGAACACUCGGGUCUACCCCUGCAUGUGGUGCAAGACGCUGUGCAAGAACUUUGACAUGCUGCCCAACGUGGAUCGCAGUGGCAAGAUGGGCCUGUUCUGCUCCAUCUGCUGCACUACCUCCCACAAAGUGAAGCAGUCAGGCUUAGUUGGUCCCCCCAGACCCUGCAGCUUCUGCAGAAAGAGUUUAUCUGAACCCUGCUAUUACAACAAGACAGACCGGGUUGUCUACCAGUUCUGCAGCCCCAGCUGUUGGACCAAAUUCCAGCGCACCAGCCCGGAAGGUGGGAUCCACCUCAACUGCCAUUACUGUCACAAUCUGUUCAGCGGGAAGCCGGAGAUCCUGGACUGGCAGGACAAGGUGUAUCAGUUCUGCUGCAAGGACUGCUGCGAGGACUUCAAGCGGCUGCGUGGGGUGGUGUCUCAGUGUGAACACUGCAAGCAGGAGAAGCUGCUGCAUGAGAAGAUCCGUUUCUCUGGAGUGGAGAAGAACUUCUGCAGCGAAGGUCAGACUUCAGAGCCAAAACCAGCUGUUCCUUCCACACAGAAGGCAGAAACUAACAUGCUGUCAGCAAAGGCCUCCUCAGCCCAAACCUCUCCAGCUGUGCCACCUCCUGCCCCACCUCUGGUUCCAGCUACCCCUCGGAAAAACAAAGCUGCCAUGUGUAAACCACUGAUGCAGAACCGGGGUGUCUCCUGCAAGUUUGAAAUGAAGUCCAAAGGAUGUCAGACAGAGGCUGACUGGAAGCCCCAGCUGGUUGUGUUGCCAAUCCCCGUCCCGAUCUUCGUGCCUGUGCCUAUGCAUAUGUACUGCCAGAAAGUACCUGUGCCUUUCUCCAUGCCUGUCCCGGUGCCUGUGCCAAUGUUCCUGCCCACCACACUGGAGAGCACAGAGAAGAUCGUGGAGACCAUUGAGGAACUGAAGGUGAAGAUCCCCUCCAAUCCCCUAGAGGCUGACAUCCUGGCCAUGGCUGAGAUGAUUGCAGAGGCUGAGGAACUGGACAAAGCUUCCUCAGACUUGUGUGACCUGGUGAGUAACCAGAGUGCAGAGGGUCUCCUGGAGGACUGUGAUCUGUUCGGACCAGCGCGGGACGAUGUGUUGGCUAUGGCUGUCAAGAUGGCAAAUGUCCUCGAUGAGCCAGGCCAGGACCUGGAGGCUGACUUCCCUAAGAACCCUCUGGACAUCAACCCCAGUGUGGAUUUCCUCUUUGACUGUGGGCUGGUGGGACCAGAUGAUGUGUCCACAGAGCAAGAUCUGCCUCGAGCUGUCCGGAAGGGGCAGAAGCGCCUGGUGCUCUCUGAAAGCUGUUCCCGGGACUCGAUGAGCAGCCAGCCCAGCUGUACCGUGCUCAACUACUCAUAUGGUGUGAAUGCCUGGAAGUCCUGGGUACAAGCCAAGUAUGCAGGGGGAGAAACCAGCAAGGGAGAGGAGCUACGCUUUGGCCCCAAGCCCAUGAGGAUCAAGGAAGACAUCCUAGCCUGCUCAGCAGCUGAGCUCAACUACGGCCUGGCCCAGUUUGUGAAGGAGAUAACCCGGCCCAAUGGGGAGCGCUAUGAACCAGACAGCAUCUAUUACCUCUGCCUUGGCAUCCAGCAGUACCUGCUCGAGAACAAUCGUAUGGUGAAUAUAUUUACAGACCUUUACUACCUGACCUUCGUGCAGGAGCUGAACAAAUCCCUGAGUGGCUGGCAACCCACAAUCUUACCAAAUAACACAGUUUUCUCCCGUGUCGAGGAGGAGCACCUCUGGGAGUGCAAACAGCUGGGUGUUUACUCACCCUUUGUGCUUCUCAACACCCUCAUGUUCUUCAACACGAAGUUCUUCGGGCUGCAGACGGCGGAGGAGCACAUGCAGCUCUCCUUCACCAACGUGGUGCGCCAGUCCCGCAAGUGCACCACAGCCCGUGGCAUGACAAAGGUGGUGAGCAUCCGCUACUACGCUCCUGCCAAGCAGAAGAAAAGCCGAGAUGGCGGCUCUGGAAAACGGAAGCGUGAGGAGGAGGUACCGAUGCUGGAGCAGCGGGAGAACAGGAUGAACCCCCUGCGAUGCCCAGUCAAGUUUUAUGAGUUUUAUCUCUCCAAAUGCCCCGAGAGCCUGCGGAACCGCAGCGACGUGUUCUACCUGCAGCCCGAGCGGUCGUGCAUCGCCGAGUCCCCGCUCUGGUACUCGGUGAUCCCCAUGGACCGCAGCAUGCUGGAGAGCAUGCUGAACCGCAUCCUGGCCGUCAGGGAGAUCUACGAGGAGCACAGUCGCCUCAGCAGCCUGGAGGAUGACGUGGACUAAGGCAGAGGUGCUGCUGGACUGGCUGCGCUCCAGCCCUGGACACCUCAUCUUGCUGCUUGCCAUUGCAGGGCAGGGCCAUGCAGCAUAGGAAGGGAUGGUGCUGCAGCAGUGCUGUCCCUGCAUCGUUACCAGACUUGGACCUCCCAUCCUGCUCGUUACAGGCAUCCCCUACGUCCAUGGCCCCACACUCAGCUCUGUCUCGUUUUGGCUGCUGGGUGAGCCAUCUUCCCCAGGGUCCGUUCCCGUGGCACAGGAGUGGCAGAGUCCCUGGUGCAGCUCCCCUUGCCCAGCCCUGUCCUUCUUCUACCCCCAGCCCUGCCACUACCCCUCUCUCCCUGUGCCCCAGGGCAGGAAUUGCACAAAACACAUUGGACCAGUGGCCCCCAAAGCUUUUACUUCCCUCUUCCUUUAGCAUUCUCUCACAAGGCUGGAGGUAUCAAGGCAGGAACAGUAGCUCUGCUGCUGGGGCAGGAUUGUCUUUUCAAGCCAGUGGGCAUGGGCCACAGGCAGCCUGAGAGCUGUUGGGUCAGGGGGAGAACUUCUGUCCCAGGAUGGGAGAGAUUUGGGUUGGUUGCAGGGAGUAGAUAGAGCUGGCACUGGAAUUCAUGGGCAGAGAUCUGCCCUUGCCACAGGGAUACCUCCCUUGUGUACAGCCAAGAUGCCUCCCUCUCUUUGGUCAAUGUUUUCUGACUCUGCUGAAAACUGAUGGAGAUGGGUCUGUACUAGUGCUGCCCCUCUCUCCCCACUGUUCCCUGUCUUGGUGUAAGGACCCUCCCCUGUGCAAGGUGCCAUCAGUAGAAAACUCUGCUCCAGCCAGCGGCCCAGGCAUUUGCUGGCAGAAGCAGGGAGCCCUGCCUGGCCUCCCCCUCCCUCCCACAGCCACAGGCUGCCACCACCCUGCCCAGGGCAAGUCCAGCUUCAGCUGUGCCACUCUGUGCUGCCUCCUGCCCCUUCUCGUGUUCUGGUCGGUUUUCUUGAGCUGUACAUGGGUCUCCUGUUGAGCCUGUAUAUAUUGUUCUGGGCCCUGGCCUGGGGCCAUCUGUUCUCUGUGUCCAUGUGGAGAGUGAGCUGCUCACCAGUCUUGUUGUAGUGAUGCCAGGGCAGUAGGACUAACCCUGUGUCUCUGGAAACCAUUCAUUUCAAAUAAAGAUGUGAACAACU